GCUCUCUGCUUAUAGCAGCUUGUCCAUCCUUCGCCCCAUCCAACGGUCGUGUGCUCCUCUGCACUUGCUUCUUUUUCUUCUGCGUAUUUUUGCGGCUCUCGACUCUCUUCAGCGUUCGUCGUACACGAAUGCGAACGACGCAACCCCCGGUUGCUUUAGAAUGACGCACCAGUAAACGGCACAUCAUCAGCAUCACCAUGACUUCCUCUUCUCGUCGCUCCCGGCUCUCCGUCUCCGUCCCCGCCAACCUCGCCUCUGCUACCCCUCCUCUUUCAGCUCUCUUUCUCAUCAACUUUGACGUCAAGGCCGGAUAUACCAUUGUCUGGAACCGUGCUGAGACGGGCGUCGAGCUCGAAGGGGUUGUCGAGUUCAAGUCCCUGCCCUCGGGGCUGCACACCGUCCACGACGACUUAAUCUACUUUGUACAAGAUGGCCAAUACGCAGGCCUGAGUGCUUUUGUCAACGAGCCCUGCGAAGAUGAAAGCCUACGCAAUGCCCGCAUGCUCGCAGUUGGUAUUCUCGUGCCGCUGAGCUAUGGCAGAUUAGGCCGCUCUUGGCGCCAUGCCGAAGCUCUUAAGGAUAUGGCCUCAAAACUCGCAAAAGAUCCCGACUCAACAGAGCUGCUUGAAAAGUAUUGGCAGACGCACCAAGCGUCUCGCGCCGACCCCGCGGCUUCACCCGUCCCCAGCUUGCCUGCAUCGCCCAUGCAAGGUCGCAAGGGCCAUUCUCGAAAGCGAUCUGCCUCUGAUGCAGCUACUCUUGUUCCGCCCGAACACAAGCUUUCCCCUUUCCAUCCGGCAUGGAGUCUGGCUGCCCUGCUGGACAGGUUCGGCCCUCUCAUCUUCCCUAUUCAACGAGCUGCACUAUUGCGCAAGCGUAUUUUAAUAUCUUGUCAUGCUCCAGUACAUCAAGUCUGCGACUUUGUAUAUAACAUAUCCGUCAUCUCCAAUAUCCCCAUCGCUGUUCUCGAAUCCUUACCUAACCCGUCUUCCUCGCAACGCCUCCGACCACUCUUCACCAUUGGUGUCCACGACAUUCCUUUCCUAGUAUCAGACUUGGAGGCUUCGAAACGAAACGACCAAGAGUAUAUGGACGACGAGUCCAAGUCCGGAUGGGUCGCCUGCACAACUGACAGCAUUCUGGCUGUCAAAGACACCCUAUGGGAUAUGCUAAUCACUAUCCCUCCAGACCAUGCGACAGAUUCAAAGGAAAAGACUUGGCCUACUGUGGAGUGUCCCAAGGGUCAGCCGAUUCGAGCCACACAACGGGAUCUCCGCCGUUUCAACGCCCUCAGAAGCGGUCUCGCCAACCUCGCCGCCGUGGCUUCUAGCGGUCCAGGUGCAAGUGAAUCCGUUCCUCGGCCAGAGUCUGCGCAGUCUAGCAGAUCCGUGCUGAACCCAGCUCUUGGUGAUGGCUCUGAGGAGGCCCUGGACAGAAUCGUCGAGCCGCAAAGCUGGGCAUCCUUAGCGUACAGUGGUUUCAUGUGGUGGGCCAGUGCUGGCGAGCAACUCCUCUCCGAAGAGCAAGAAGAGUCUGCCCAAGAUGCGGCGCUUCUAGCAGACUUGAACGGCCCCUACGGCUCAUCCAUGCCUAAGAACCGACGCUCCAACUCUCAGCUUGACCUUCUCAUGACGGACUCGAUUUCCUCGCUAGUCGGCAACCGCAGUAUGAGUGAGGAGGGCGAUGCUCACAUUGAGCUUGCCAUUAUUGCCUACUUCCAUCGUCUUACGUCGCAGAUGCUCGCAGUCAUAUCCGAGCUAGUGGACAACGACGAGCAGGCAUAUCCUCAAGGCGAAGACCGGUAUCGCGAUGAAGAGCCCACUAAUGGUGCGGGCGAUGAUGAUGAAGAAGAGGACCUGCUUUCUCCAGACGUCGGAGAGUCUCCCGAGUCAUCCACUGAGGACGGCGCUCCGCCCAUUGUCGUCGACAGCCGUGCUGUCGAGAGCAUGGGCCUUGACGUCUGGAGUAGUGGUGACGGUGUGUUUGUUCAGGAGCUGAUGGAGCGCUAUUUUGAUCGUGACGCCAAGAUUGAGAGCAAGGGCGUCGAAGUUUGCGGUAUGCGUGUAUGCUAGGAGCAUGUGGUCUAAUUGGGGCUCUGUGUGUGCGUGUAUGUGUAUGUGUGUUUAUGUAUAUAUCCUCUCUUUCAUGGUCCUCACUGUUAGUUCUCUCAUUGUACGGUAUUUCUAUCUGUUGGGUUCGGGCAUUUUAUUUCUUAGCAUUUAUCUUCUGGGCAAAAGCCAGUUAGCACAUCAAUUCAUAUCACCAAGUCACGAACAAAGCAAGAAAUGUAAAUAAAAAAUGGUCAUGUAUAAAACUUUCUACCGUAUCCCACCAACUAUUCAGAGUGCAUUAUUGAAACCCGAAGAGAUGUAAAAACUACGUCCAAGCUGAGUCCGUAAAAAAAGCCCACAACGAAAAAUCACAAAACAGCGCGGGAAGCCCUCCGUUUCCCAUGUCGAAAAACGUACAGUUACAGCCAGCCUCCUAGCAUUCCCACAUCCCCUACAUCCACAUGCAAAACUUUUCAAUCCCCCUAUGAUUCAUCCUCAGUGUCGGUGUCCGUAUCACUUGUGUCGUCUGCCUCCUCUUCUGUGCCACUUUCGUCAUCUGAAUCGUCAUCUUGUUGUCGCUUGGGCUGUGGUGCCUGGCCAGUCUUGAGGGCGUGCAUCUGUCCAGCGAGAGAAUCUGUAGUAUGGUGGUUAGUAACUGAUACAUGUCUGGUUGUGGGACGUGGUGAGUACUUACCCUCUUCAGGUUCACUGAUCUCAUCCUCAGCCUCCAUCUGAGCAGCUCUAGCGGCGUCCUCAACAACGAGGGUAACCUCCAUCUUGGUGUCGAAGCCAACAUACGAGUCACAAACAAGGUGCAUAACAAAAGUGUAGUGACCAGCCUGGGGAGGAGCGGCAAACUGAGCCUUGAGGGUCUGCAUGUUGAAGGUGGGCUUGCCGGCGUCGUCGAAGAUGGGCUGGUCAAACUUCUCAAAGGCGAAGGGGGGGACGGCGAGCUUGCCCUGUUUCGAGUCGCUAAGGAAGGCGUACCACUUGGGUGUUUGCUCGCGGGCGUAGUGAGGGGCGAAGGUCAGAGGGGGGAGAAUAGACUGCUCCUCGACGGAGAUGGGCUUGCCGUCGGGGCCCUUGAUGGUUCUGUUCUUGCGGCCCAUGAGGGACUCGAGGUCAUCCUCAGCGGCGUCAAUGUCCUCGAGGUCGAGCUCGUUGACAGCGGGAACAUUCUCGGUACCGGGAGGGAUGAAGCGGCCCUUGAUGACAAGGGUGACCAGAGACGAAGGAAUGAUACAGCGCUCGCCAGUAACCUUAAAGAAAGCCUUGGCCACGCGGAGCUGGGGAAGCUGCUUGCCGACGGAAACGGUGGUCUUGUACUGCUCCUCGCUCAAAAGGCCCUUGCCAACGGCGAGCUUUCUGCGCUGAGCGUCGGGAAGAUCCAUGAACUGCUGAACGGUCAUGUGUGUCUUGGCGUCACCCUCGACGGCCAUGGCAAUCUUGGAGGUGAAGUUGGGGAGCUGAAGAAGAGGAGAGGACUUGGGGGCGAGAGCCUGAAUCAGGUGCUGGUUGGCGUGGAAAGAACCUUCGAUAGGUCCAAUGUUACCGUAAGCGAGGGCGAUGGCGGCGAAAGACUGGUUGAGGGUGCGGGCGAUAGGGACGAUCUCGUACUUGGCCUUGGUCAGAGCGGCGUCGUCAAGUUCAACACGGCCAAGGUAGGCCCAGAGGAGAGCAAGAGUCUUGCGGCGAACACCAUUCUCAAUAUCCUCAAGCUUCUGCUUGUCCUUGACGCUGAAACCGGCGGCGAAUGGCGAAGCGUCACCUGCGGCUGUGAUGCGGGAUUCGAUCUUGGAAAGACCGGACUCGGCGGCGUCUCCCUGAAGGAUAUCGUCGUACUCCUUGCCAGCGGUAAGAGCAGCAAUGAUGCUAGCCUCGUCCAUGUUCUCAUCGUAGUGGCGGAAGAGGUUGUUGGCACUCUCCAUGAGGACGCCCUCCUUGGAGCGCUUCUUGGUUCCGUACCACCAGGAGCCGACGAGGUAGGGGAGCAAAACACCGAGAAGACCGGUGUAGAGAAGCACAAGGUAUUUACCAUUGCCGUUGGAGAUGAUGAAUUGCGGGAGGGCAAUACCGAUGCUGAAGCUCUGCUUACCAUCAGGGUGUCCGUACUGAAUGUAGUUGUUGCGGAUUUCCUCGUCGGUGAGAGCCUGGUAGGCCUUGGUGAGCUCGACAUAGUAGUCGUUCAUGGAUUCGAUGGUUUCGUUCUUGGCGGGGUCCGGUCUGACCUUGUCGGGGUGGAACUUGACAGACAGUCUCUUGUAGUGUGACUUGAUUUGCUUCUCGGUGGAGGACUAGUCGCCAAUGUUGUUAGUAUUCGGAACGUAACAAUUGAGCCAGAUAUGCGGCUGUGUUUCUUUUCUUACCUCUGAGAUACCCAGAAUAUCGUAAGGGUUCCAGAUCUUGUGAAUAGAGGGGACAGUGGUCAUGAUGAGGUAGACCAUGAAGCUCAUCAAGGCCCAUCCACCAACGACGACAAUGGCGCGCUUGAUCUUGCGCUGCUUGCGUCUCUGCGCCGAGCGCAGCUUGUCUACAACGUCGGCAUCUUUGUGCUUGUAGUCGCUCUUGAUUCGGGGAGCAAGGGCAUCGUUGUCGCUGCUCGGGCGCAGAAGAGAGUAGGUCAAGGGAAGGGUAACGAGGCCGGUGAGGGUGAGGAUGAAGACGGGGAAGAAUUGGGCCUAGCAAGCGGCGUUAGCGGACUGAUUUUGAUCAAAGGGACAAGAUGCACUGCGCAGAACAACUUACCUCGUUAUCGUACGAGUAGUCGGAGGAGCUCAUUGUGGCGGGCGGCCGACCAAGUCGCUCGCUGCGAUGCUCGUGAUGGCAGCGGGAAAGGAGAAGGAAAGGCGCGUAAGUAGGGCGCGGGCAACAAAAAGAAAAGAAGCCAAAGGAGGGUGACGGCUAUUUGACAGCAGCGUCCUGUAAUACAGUGGUGGCACAAGAACAACUGGUGUUUCGGUGCCUUGUGAUGGGCGGAUAUAGGUUUCCUGAGAUUCGCUGUCUCCCUCGAAACCACACGUGUAAUGAGUGCGAGAGCGGGCGUAAAGUGGACGGGCGAUUGGAUUAUCCGUCUCCCCACAAUGCCGCC